AUGAAGGAACAAGGAGUAACCGAAGACAGGCUCCAAUUACUUCGCGAAGUAACUGCUGCAUUUAGGCCCGGUGUCUUGACUGCACUGAUGGGGGUCAGUGGGGCUGGAAAAACUACACUCAUGGAUGUUCUAGCGGGGAGGAAAACAGGUGGUUACAUUGAAGGUGAUAUCAGAAUUUCUGGAUUCCCCAAGAUUCAAGAAACAUUCGCUAGAAUUUCUGGAUACUGUCAGCAAAUGGACAUCCACUCACCCCAAGUCACCAUUCGUGAAUCUUUGAUUUACUCAGCUUUUCUUCGACUCCCUAAGGAAGUCAGCAAGGAGGAAAAGAUGGUUUUUGUGGAUGAAGUGAUGGAUCUAGUUGAACUAGACAAUCUCAAAGAUGCCAUUGUAGGGCUUCCAGGAGUUACAGGUCUAUCAACAGAACAGAGAAAGAGGUUGACAAUAGCGGUAGAGCUGGUUGCUAAUCCAUCAAUCAUAUUCAUGGAUGAACCAACUUCUAGUCUUGAUGCAAGAGCGGCAGCUAUUGUUAUGAGAACUGUGAGAAACACAGUGGAUACAGGGCAAACUGUUGUUUGCACAAUCUAUCCGCCUAGUAUUGAUAUCUUUGAAGCAUUUGAUGAGCUGCUACUGAUGAAAAGAGGAGGACAAGUGAUCUACUCAGGACCACUGGGACGGAAUUCUCGUAAGAUUAUUGAAUAUUUUGAGGCAAUUCCUGGAAUUCCCAAAAUUAAAGAAAAAUACAAUCCAGCAACAUGGAUGCUAGAAGCAAGCUCAGUUGCUGCAGAAGUCCGGCUUGGAAUUGAUUUUGCCGAACACUACAAAUCAUCAUCGUUGCAUCAGUAAGUUAAAAGUUCAGUUAUAGCAACAAAAGUGUUUUAUUGGUUUUAAAAUCAACAGGGUUCAAACUAAUACAUGCGUAUGAACAGACGAAACAAAGCUCUAGUGAAAGAGUUGAGUGUACCUCCACCGGGAACAAAAGACCUCUAUUUCACAUCACAAUUUUCUCAGCCCAAUUUGGGGCAAUUCCAAUACUGCCUAUGGAAGCUGUGGUUGACUUAUUGGAGAAGCCCAGAUUACAACCUCGUGAGGAUGUUCUUCACCUUAGCCUGCGGCCCUUAUGGUUGGAUCAAUUUUCUGGCAGGUUGGCAAAAAAAGGUAUGCAUCUAAUUCUUACAAAAUUCAAAUCUAUGUCUCAGUCCAUUGGUAACAAGACUCAAAAGUCAUUGCUAAUUCCUUGUCUACAAUUUAUUUGAUUCAGGGAUAACACGGGUGAUUUGACC